AUGGAGAAACGCCCUGUCCGCACCGUCCUCGUCACAGGCUGUUCCGACGGCGGCCUGGGCGCGGCCCUCGCCGUCGCAUUCCACAAACACCGCUGGUACCGCGUCAUUGCGACAGCACGGAACCCGGAAAAGAUGACGCAUCUCCGCUCCCUCGGUAUCGAAACCCUCCAGCUCGACGUCCUUUCCGAAGAAAGCAUCUCGGCCUGCGUGGAGAAGGUCUCCGCCCUCACCGGCGCGACACUGGAAGUCUUGGUGAACAACGCGGGGGCCGGAUACAACAUGCCCAUCCUGGACGCGUCCCUCGAGCAAAUCAAGAAGCAAUUCGAGCUCAACGUCUUCAGCGUCAUCCGGGUCACCCAGGCUCUUUUCCCGCUCCUGCGCGCCUCGAGCUCCGAGACGAAAAUGAUCGUGAAUAACACCUCCUGCGCACCGGAGCUGGCGUUCCCCUUCCUGGGACCGUACACGGCCUCGAAAGCCGCGCUCUCAACGGUCACGGAGACGCUGAGGCUCGAAAUGCAGCCCUUUGACAUUAAAGUUGUGGAUCUCAAGACCGCGGCCGUCAAGUCCCGCUUCUUCGACAACGUUGGCACUAACGACGCUGUCGUAUUGUCGGACAGCAGCCCCUACGCGGCGGGCAAGGAUGUGGUCGAGACGUUCAUGCAGAACGGGCCGCCGGCGAAACUGAUGGACGCCGAUGCUUGGGCGAAGAAUGUCGUCGCGGACUUAUCGAAGCGCGGGGGCAAGGGCGCGCCCGACCAGAUUUGGCGGGGCGCAGGCGCGACGUCGGCGUGGUUUGCCGCGACGUUCAUACCGGUUGGGUGGCUGGACGGGACGGUCAAAAAGUAUUCUGGCUUGAAGGAGGUGGAGAGGCGGAUCAGGGCAGGAGAGAAAGAGAAGAUCACUAUGGGGCAAUGA